UGAAAUAUCUAUACUGCAUGUUAUUUGUGGUUCAACUUCCUCUUAAAUGUUCAGGUUUUAAAGAAGAGCUAUGCACAAACACAAGAGACGCUGUCUAGAGUGGAACUAUGGACACAACUUAUGAACAGGACUCUGAAGUCAAUGAGGAAUAUGUGAAUAUGCCUGUCAUCAGGAAUGUGAUGAUGAAGAGAGAAUAUGGAGGGAAGCCAUUGAAGUGUAUUGUGGUGGGCUUUGGACUGCUGUGUAUUCUUCAAGCCAUUCUCAACGUCUCUCUGCGUCUCUACUCCCAGACAUAUCAGACAGACGAGAGUGAUAAAUCCAUGAAUUUAAUGGGUGAAAACACAAAACAGGACUGGCUGUAUUUCAACAACACUUUCUACUUAAUGUCUUCUACUAUGAAAUCCUGGAAGGACAGUAGAGAGGACUGCUUGCAAAGAAACGCAGACCUGGUGGUUAUCAACAGCAGAGUAGAACAGGACUUUAUUAUGAGAUGGCAUAUUGAGUCCUGGAUUGGGCUGAGUAUCAGAGGCACAGAGGGAAACUGGGAAUGGGUGGAUGGUACAAGCAUUACUUUAAGUUACUGGGAAGUCGGUGAACCGAACCGUUAUAAACAAGAGGAAGACUGUGUUGAAGUAGGAAACAACAACUGGGCUGAUGUGUCGUGUAAUGAUUUAAACCUCUGGAUCUGUGAGAAGAAGGCAUCUCCCACAGCACCAAUCGAAGCAGGUCUUUCACAACAGGGCUGGCGCCGUUUCGGCCACAGUUUCUACCUUUUUUCUGUUAGAAAGCUGAACUGGGAGGGCAGUAGAAAUGAAUGUCUUCAAAGAAAGGCAGACCUGGUGGUAAUCAACAGCAGGAGAGAAAAGGAGUUCACUUCAUCGAUAGGAAAACACUGGAUUGGACUGAGUGACAGGGAAACAGAGGGGGAAUGGAAAUGGGUCGAUGGGUCAGGCCUAACUUUUAGGAACUGGGGAAAAGAUGAACCAGACGGUGGCGAUAAAAUCGAAGAGUGUGCAGAACAACAUGGGAGGGAGCUGCCCCAAAUCUGGAAUGAUGACUUUUGUAACAGACCAAACUUCUGGAUCUGUGAGAAGGCCGCUGGUAUGGAGCCUCUGGAAGGGGACCUGUAUCCAGACGAUCCCUGAAGAGAGAGACCUGGCUCUUUGAGCCCAUCCAUGACCGGUCUCUGGCUCCAUGGCCCCCAUCCCCUCAUUCUCUGGUGUGGUCCCCGUGCCUUGCUCCCCUGAGGUCCACAACGCUGGCUUUUACUCUUCAACAAUCCUUCACCCAAGCUUCGUUCAUUGACAUUGUUUUUUAUUGCAUUUGGUACCUAGAAGGUGCUCUUAUUGAAACUUUUUGUUAUACUAAUAAUAUAAAAUGAUCCUUUCAUGUUAAUGUA